AUGCUCCCGCAUAUGCUGCCGAAGCCGAACGUGGAAAGGCACCCCUGUCUUCACAACGUGGACAAGGAGGCGGUCCGCAGUAGCACCGCAACCUCCGGGAGGUACAUCCAGGUGCGUGAGAAAAUGCCGCGGCCUCUCCAUGGGGAUGCCAUGACGGAAGAGUCGAUCGCAGAGGAGUGGUCCUCGACGGUCGAUGCCCACCUCCGAGAAUCGCCGCGGUCAGCGCACCUGCGUCUGAGGGAAAUGCGGCAAUCUGCCAAGUUGCACCAGGCCUGGCAGCAAGAAGUCUUUCGAGAGAUGCAGGCCAAACUCGACAGGUACCAGCGAGACGAGCCGUCUCCUCGGCUUCUCAAGAGCCGUGAGGAGGAGGUGACACAGCCAGCUCAGACGCAGCCGCCACCCUUCUCGCAGAAGCAGCAGCGAGAGAUACUGGAGGAGUUCCAGCGACAGCAAGAGGAGAACCUCCGGCAGCAGAGGGAGAUGGAGGCGGAGGCACUACGACAGGAACGGCAGCGAGCGCGAGAGAACAGGAGGAGCUCAGCCAGCCGACUUCGAGAAGCCGCGAAAGCAGCUCCGAGUGUGCCACAAACCCAUCCGAAAAAGUCGAAGACGUCGCCUUUGGGCCGGAUGAUGGCUCAUUUUCGCUCCAAGAUGUCCUCGCUUUGGCGGGGCAGGGAUGCAGUGACUGUCUUCGACGGCGACGGCGAGAAGUUCCUGGAAGCGCAAACUGAGAGGCUGCUGGCAGAGAUGAAGGACACGCUGGCAGCCACCCACAACGAGCCCGUGGCUGUCCGACGAAAAGUGUUCCGAGAACUGCAGCGCAAGCUGCACCCGGACAAGAAUGCGCAUUGCAGGGAGGCUGCCAAGAUCGCUUUUCAGCAGCUCAUGGACCAGCAGGGCAAAUACCUGAAAGAAGUGGUCUGA